AUGUCACGACCGACUGUGUCUAAAGGGCAAACCACCUAUCCGAUAUUUGUCAGUAGUUUCCCUGCCGCAACAUUCGCUAAUAACAGACCCGGCGUUCUCGUAGUUGGAGGGGGCGGGGGUGCAGGGAGAAGCGGUGUCAAGAACCAAAUCACAGCAUACGACUUUACUUCACGAGCGCCGACCGUACAGCCUUUCGCAGAAAUCGAAGCGAGCAAAGACGACUCGAUAACCUGCUUGGAUAACCUGUCUACAAAGGACGGCUUGAUCUUGUUCGCUGGGAACGGGAGUAGCGAGGAGGAACGGCUAAAGGGCAACAAUGACCACCUGAGGGCAUUCGAGCUUAAAUAUCCGAAGAGUACAGAGAAAGGAGAUGGAAAGAUCGAGUUUGUUAGUAAAACAAAGCUCUUCAGGACACCUGAAUCAGACAGUGGAAAGAAGGAAGGUUACCAGCGUAUUGCCAAACUAUCCACAGCACGCCGGACAGUCUCGAGUACACCCAACAGACGAAUAGGAACGGUUGCGUCAAGUCUUGCCGGAGAUGAGAAUGAGAUUGUUAUCUUUAGUGCAACGUCAACCAAGCCAACCGACGAAGAUGUAAUAGGGCGGAUCGAGCUACAUCAAGGCCAGGAAGCUAACGAUUUGGAUAUCUUUACACAAGAGGAAGGUGAGUUUCGGAUAGCUUACGUUACGGAUUCAAAUGUCUUUGUCCAGGACGUGAAUUGGGAUUUCGAGCAGAGGAAGACGAGGGGCAAGAACGAACACAGGAAGCUUUACACGAUACCUCACGUUGAGAAAGGUGCGAAGAGCAAGCUAAGAUGCGUACGGUGGCUUUCGCCAACCCACCUAUUGCUUUUAAAAAACAUGCCUAACAGGACCGGAGUCGAGCUGCUCCUCAUACAUCUCUACGAAGACGGCCCAGCAAGCGUCGUUCUGCGGAAAACACUGCCCAAGCACGCAAAAGCGGCGACGGACAUGGACGUCAGCUUGCUUGAUGCCGAUGAAGAUGGCGCCUACCAGAUUGCCAUUGCGGUCGCAGCGAUUGAUAUAUCCUUGACAGUAUAUACUAUGGAUUAUCAUGGGCCCGCGAGAGAUUCUCUGAGCUCUUUCCAUGCAUUCAACAGCUACGAUAAUGUUCAUGAUGUGCAAAUGACGAAAGUCAUCUUCUCGCCAUUCUACAAGCCAGAGGUACCUGCCGGCCGCCAAGCUCCACCGCAGUACUUGCGUCUGGCGAGUACGUCUUUGGGAAACACGAUCAGCGUUGAAACCUUCCAAUUACAAUACACCGGGUCUCGCUAUGUUCUUCAGACAGCGCGUUCAAGGAACCUAUUCACAGCAGCUACUUAUCUUGUCGCAGCCAUGGUAGUCGCUGUGAUAGCUCUGCUGAUACAGUCACUUGUGGACCCAGAGGGCAAUCUGACCAAGGGUAUACUUCCGGCCAGACUACAGAGUGCAGCAAGUCAACACAAAACAUUUGGUGAAACAUUGCGCGACAAACGCCACAACGCUGUUCUCAACAACGCGAACUCACCAGUGGUCAAGACAUCACAUCGUAUCGCCGACUUACUACACCUACACCUCCCUCACGUUAUCUCCGACACCAAACCAUCAGAAGUUUCCGGUCAACAAAAGGCGCUCGUCAUACAUCACGAUGCAGAAUCUGAUGGUACACUUAGCACUGAAGUCCAUGCUGGAGAUGAAGACGUGUUGAAGAAGCACGCCACCGCCAGAAAAUGGGAAGAGCUCAGCCACGAGGAGAGGAGUCAGUGGAAAGAAAAGCUGAGCGAUGCGGGUAUGUGGGCUGUGGGUGAAGGCGAGACUAUCUUGAAGUCAAUCUUCUUUGGGCAGAUUGGUGGAGUGAUUGGCCACAUUGCGGAGGGCGUACUGGCUGGGUAG